AUGCCCUCCGCCAUCGCGGCCUCCGACCUCUCGACGAACCUGAGCGACACGGACGACUGCGGCACGGUCGCCCCCGAACUUUUCCACAACCUCAAGCACGACAGCUCCGUCCUCUGUCUCGCCGUCAGCGCCGAGCAGGAGCGGAUAUACGCCGGCACGCAGGAUGGCGAGAUCGUCGUGUGGUCGCUGGCCACCUUCCACCAGGAGCGCAUCGUGCAGGCGCACAAGCGCAGCGUCCUGAGCCUGUACCUGACACCCGACGGCUCGAUGCUGUUUUCGAGCGCCGGCGAUCCGCUGAUCAACGUGUGGUGCCCGAAGACGAUGAAGCGCCUGUACGAGAUCUACAGCACCUACGACGUCGGCGACAUCUUCUCCGUCGCCUACAGCGCGCAGCACGAGACGGUCUACGUCGGCGCGCAGAACACCUCCAUACAAUGGGUCAGCUUGUCCGACCCGAACAACAGGGUGCCUCACGACUCGUCACAGCACCCCGACCGAAGGAAUCACAGGUUUUUCGACUCGAGAGCUGCAGGAGGAUCAACGACGCCGCGUCGCACUGACGAGCGGUGGACCCAAAUUCCUAGGUCGGAGAAGGUCGUCGAGAUUCACCCGGGAGCGCUGCAGAUGUUUGCGCACUACGGCUACGUAUACUCGAUGUUGAUGGCAAAAGGCCCGACGGUCCUGGUGGAGCCUGACGAGGAGGUUCUCAUCUCUGGAGGUGGCGACGGGACGAUUAAGCUGUGGAAGCUCGGCGCUGAGGGAGAUAAGCAAGCUGAGGAGAGCGACCGGGAGCCGGGUCUCCAGGAGCUGAUGUCGCUUGGGUCUGAUGAUGCGGAGUCGGUCAUGUCUUUGGCCAUCGACGGCUCGUUUCUCUAUGCAGGAAAGCUGCAGGGCAUCAUUGAGUUGUGGGACCUCGACACGAAGUCCAAGUUGAGGGUGAUCAAGAGCCACAAGGGCGACAUCAUGACCCUGCAAAUGAACUGGGGAUAUCUCUUCAGUGCUUCACGAUCAGGAUCCGCAAGUAAACACUCCACCGUCCACUACGGCAAAUACAAAGAUACCCAGACCGCGAACAUCAGCCAGAAGUACCAGUGCAUAGCUCGCUGGAAAGCCCACGAGGGCAAGGUCCUCGCAUCCGCAGUAACGACAUACAACAACAGGCAAUACUACAUUACGGGCGCCAAUGACAACGACGUAGCCAUCUGGAAUAUUGACUGUUCAUCAUACGAGCAACAGCAAGACGUGGAUGAGGCAGACGAUGUCAUGGUCAAAUCUCUGGGAGAAUUUGUCUCGUAUCGCACCGUCUCCUCGCGACCGGAAUUCGCAGAAGACUGCCGAAAAGGAGCGACUUUCCUUGGCUCCCUGUUCAAGCGUCUUGGUGGCCAGGUCGAGAUGCUGAGCACGGAAAGCAGUCCCCACAACCCAGUCGUCCUCGCCAAAUUCAACGGCAAGCUCGAGCCAGCUGAGAAGCGGAAGAGAAUCUUGUUCUACGGUCAUUACGAUGUCGUACCGGCAGACAAUAAGAAGGGCAAGUGGGAAACCGACCCGUUCCAGAUGAAGGGCAUCAACGGCUAUCUUCACGGCAGAGGUGUCAGUGACAACAAGGGACCCAUCAUGGCCGCUCUGUAUGCCGUCACAGAUCUUCUCCAAGCAAAGAAACUCGCCAACGACAUUAUUUUCCUCAUUGAGGGCGAAGAAGAAUCCGCCUCUCGUGGCUUCAGAGAGAUCGUCCGCAAGAACAAGGACCUCAUCGGCGACGUUGACUAUAUCCUACUAGCCAACAGCUAUUGGCUCGACGACGAGGUUCCCUGCCUCACAUACGGCCUACGUGGUGUUCUUCACGCCACAGUCUGCGUCGACUCUCACCUACCUGAUCUCCACUCCGGUGUUGACGGUUCAUACAUGAACAACGAACCCCUCUCCGACCUUACGUCCACACUGUCUAAACUCAAGGGUCCUGGAAACAAGGUUCUCAUCCCCGGCUUUUACGAAAGCAUCUUGCCAGUAACUGCCGAAGAAGAAACCCGCUACGAUGAGAUCGCGUCAACUCUUAUGCGCCAGAACCCUGAAAAGGGUCCCGAGGACAAACUCAAGACGGCGUUGAUGGCCCGCUGGAGAGAACCUAACCUGACUAUCCACAGAUACAAGGUAUCUGGCCCGGACGGCAGUCUAGUCAGUAGCCACGCAAGCGCAAACAUCAGCUUGCGUCUCGUGCCUGGUCAAGAAGUCAAUGAUGUCAUCGCCUCCCUAAACACCUAUUUGGAGUCUGAAUUCGGGCUGCUCGAGUCCAAGAACUCGCUCUCUAUCAAGAUCGACAACAAGGCCGAGCCCUGGCUCGGCGACCCCAGCAACGAGAUCUUCCAGGCACUCGAAGAAGCCAUCGUCAAGGCAUGGGGUGAUGUUUUCGACAACGGCGAUGACAACGCCGGAGAAGAAAACUCGCAAGAGAAGAAGAAGGCACAGAGGCCAAAGAAGCCGCUGUACAUUCGCGAGGGCGGCUCCAUCCCCGCCAUCCGCUUCCUCGAGAAGGAGUUCGGCGCCCCGGCUGCUCAUCUGCCCUGCGGCCAGUCCAGCGACGGCGAUUUGAAGAUGGAAUACAAACGCCAAUCGCCGACGGCCGUCAAGGUCAAGCCGCGCCUCAUCAUCCACGGCGGCGCAGGCAACAUCAAGCCCGCCAACCUCGCGCCGCCGCAGUAUGCCGAGUACCGCGCCGCCCUCUUGACAAUCAUCAGCAAGACAAACGCCUACAUGACAACCCCCACCACCGCAACCGCAGUCCUGCCCAGCGCCCUGGAAACAGCCGUCCACGCCGUCACCCUCCUCGAGAACAACCCGCUCUUCAACUCCGGCCACGGCGCCGUCUUCACGCGCGACGGGAUCAACGAGCUCGAGGCCAGCGUGAUGGUGACCCGCGGCUUCGCCAAGCGCGGCGUCGGCGUCACGGGCCUGCGGCACGUCAGGAACCCGAUCCUGCUCGCCAAGGCGAUGCUCGAGCACGGCGAGGCGGACCUCGGCGGCGGGAGCGACUCGCACCCUUCCUCCCUUUCGCCUGGAAUCGACGCGCCGUCUGCGCAGGGGCACACCCUCCUGCACGGCCCGACGGCGGAGGUGCUUGCGGAGAAGUACGGGCUGGAGCUCGUGGACCCGGGGUACUUCUUCACGCAGCGGCGGUGGGACGAGCAUAUCCGCGCGCUGGAGCGGGAGCGCACCGGCGAGGAGGGGAAUGCGACGUGGAGCAGCAGCGAGUUUCUGCCUCAGGGGACGGUGGGCGCGGUGGCGCUGGACGAGGAGGGGGUGGUGUGCGCGGCGACCUCGACGGGCGGGCUGACGAAUAAGCUGACGGGCAGGAUUGGGGACACGCCGAGUGUGGGCGCUGGGUUUUGGGCGGAGGAAUGGGUUGAGGAGGGCGAUCCGACGGGGGCGUUUGGGAAGGGCUGUCCUGCGGUUGUGUUGUCGGAGAGCUUGAGGGGUUUGAUGGCGGAUUGUCUGCCUUCGUUGAGCAUCUACACGCCUGUGUUUGGGAAGGCGGUGAAGACUACAAGAGCGAUCGCGGCGUCGGGGACCGGGAAUGGGGACUCGUUUUGGAGGGUUGCGGCCGGGAGGACGGUUGGGGCUGUGGCGAGGUUCAAGCCUUUGUCGGGCAAGGAGGCCGUGUCGUUCGUUGCUGGGGCUGGAGGGGAGUUGCAGAGGAGUGCUGGAGACCGGUGGCGGGUCACGGGUGAGGGCGAGGGCGGGAUUAUUGGCAUCGAGGUUGCGGUUACGAGGGACGAGGAGGGCGGUGUCGUCGGCGUGAGGUCGGAGAUUCUCCAGGACUUCAACUGCAAUGGAAUGUAUCGAGCGUGGAUCGACGAUGAAGGCCUGGCGCAUGCGAAGAUUUACCAUGACGAAGUCGAGGAGGGUGUGGAUGCUCGGUUGUACGCGGAAAAGUGGUGA